AUGGGUAAAAGUAAUGCUAAUAUAAUCGGUACUAGGUCGAGAGCAAAAACGCUUAGCCUGCACACUACCACCACAUUGGUGACUAUUGAUAGACGUAGGAAGACGACUCAGUCUAUUCCGUUAGAUAAGGUCAUGGAGGAACAACUCAAACAGUUACGAUUGGAGAAGGUGAAAUUGGAAAGACUGAAAGAUGAGCUUAAAAAACAACAGGAGGAUCUUAAUUCUCGUAGUGAACUGGCAAAGCAAGUCACCUUGUUGCAAAAAGAAAAGGAAAGUCAAGCGCGAAUUUUGAAUGAGCUACGCAGAGGUUCAUCAAGUCAACAGGUAGAUACAACAACUCAAUUGAUGGGUGGAUUGAUGAAUCAUUUUCAAUGUUCACAACUUGAGAUUAAAGCCCCUAAAUUCAGUGACGAAAAGAAUCAAAACCCUUUAGAAUUUUUAGCUGAUUUAGAAAAUUAUUUUAAUUAUCAAGUUAAAGCAAAGAGUAAAUGGGCUGCACGUAGAUAUAAAUCACAAGAAGAGGAGGUUACUCCCGAAAUUGUUUUUGAAGACUUGCCUAUUGAGGAAGUUACUUCGCAUAUUAUUAUUGAGAACCUGCCUAUUGUAGAGGAGGUUACUCCCGAAAUUGUUUUUGAAGACUUGCCUAUUGAGGAAGUUACUUCGCAUAUUGCUAUAGAGAACCUGCCUAUUAUAGAGGAGGUUACUUCUGAAAUUCUUAUUGGAAACUUGCCUGUUGAAGAGGAAGUUACUUCACAAUGUUUUGCUAUUGAUAAUUUGUUUAAUGUGCCAUGUAAUGCUAGUGAUAAUGUAAUUGUUUGUGAUUUAAAUGUUUGUGAAAGAGAUUCCGAUGAUGACACAGUUGAUCAGUAUGAAAAUGCUGAUGAUGAGCUGUGGACUGUCGAGGAUUCAGGGGGGUUUUCACGAAAACAGUUAGCAAUUAGAACUCGUUCAGUGGAAAUUCCAGUACAGUGUGAUUUGAAUGUAAGUCCGGAAGACCAUAAUUUCUUUGAGGAUUUACGAAUGAUCGCGUCUCGACUAACGUUACAAGAGGAUUGUCAAAGAGAAGCCGUAAUCAAUUUAAUUUUACACCAUAAAGAACAUUUUUCUGAAAAACCAGGAUGCACCAAUAUAUAUGAGCAUAAGAUAAGACUAAUUAAUGAUAAGCCAUUUAUUCGUAGGUCAUAUCCCAUACCAAUAGCAUUGAAAUCUGCCGUUGAUUUGGAAAUACGAGAAAUGUUGAGAUCUGGAAUUAUCGAGCGAUCGAUAAGCCCAUUUUGUAAUCCCCUUCGUAUCGUACAGAAGAAAGACAAUCGUGUACGUAUCUGUUUAGAUGCUCGUUAUUUAAAUGAUAUAAUAGAAUCUGACAACGAGUCACCAUCUUUAAUUGCAGAAAUUUUACAAAAAUAUUUUGGAGUUGAAUAUUUUUCUAGUGUCGAUCUAACACAUGGUUAUUGGCAAAUUUCACUAGAAAGAGAAUCAAGACCUUAUACCGCAUUCUUGCAUGGAUCAACUCUGUAUCAAUUCUGUAGAAUACCUUUCGGCUUAAAAACUGCUGGGUCAGGCUUUAUUCGAGCGUUGAAUAUAGCAUUUAAUAACGAUUUCACUACAUUUUUAACACCAUACGUAGAUGAUUUACUGGUAGCUUCGAAUAAUUUCAAACAACAUUUAGAACAUUUAGAUUUAAUAUUCACUCGACUGAAACAAUAUAAUUUCACUCUUCGAUUACGAAAAUCGACAUUUUUUAGUAAUACCCUACCGUUUCUUGGAUUUAUUUUAUCAACCGAAGGCGUAUCUCCUGAUCCCGAAAAACUUAAGAUCAUUAGAGACUUUGCACAACCAGAAAACAAGAAACAACUACAAAAAUUUUUUGGCGUAUGCAACUACUACCGACAAUUUGCUGUUCGAUAUGCAACUUAUGUGGAACCAUUUAGAAACUUAUUGAGAGAUGAUACCGUGUGGAAUUGGACUGAAGAACAUUCCCGAGCUUAUACUGAAGUUAAAAAUAAUUUUAUCAACACCGUGAUCCUAAAACAUUUUAAUCCUAAUAAUCCGAUAAAAUUACAAACCGAUUCUAGCGAUAAAGGAAUUUCAGGCAUUCUUUACCAAACAAAUGAUCGCGAUGAACAAAAUUUGAUAGGUUUUGGUUAG